GUGGGCGCCUGAGGCCCCGCCCCCGCCGCCCGGUACGCGGCCCUGGCGGCUCGACCCCCUAUGAGGCUGUUGUGGCGGCCGCGGUCUCCGGCACUGGUGCUGCUGUUCCUGCGGCCGCUGCUCGCUUCCGGGGACUUGGCGUCCAGCCCGCAGACCCGAGCCAUGAACCCGGGCGGCGGUGCGCGGGGCUCUCCGCCGGACAACCACGGCUUGCAGCGCUCCACCGUGCCAGGCUCCGACCCGCAGCGCAGCAACGAAGUGCUCCUGCUGGCGGAGGCGGAGGGAUCCGCCCCGGAACCGAGGCACCACGUCCUCUACUUCCCGGGGGAUGUGCAGAAUUAUCAUGAAGUUAUGACUCGUCAUCCUGAGAAUUACCAAUGGGAAAAUUGGAGUCUAGAAAAUGUUGCCACCAUCUUAGCCCACCGGUUUCCUAAUAGUUACAUCUGGGUGAUAAAGUGUUCCCGAAUGCAUUUGCACAAAUUCAGCUGCUAUGACAAUUUUGUGAAAAGCAACAUGUUUGGUGCACCAGAACACAAUCCGGACUUUGGGGCCUUUAAGCACUUGUAUAUGUUAUUAGUUAAUGCUUUCAGCUUAACUCAGAAUGGUUUGCUGUCCAAGAACAGGAGUGUUCGGAACAAGGAUUGCAAAGUGUCUAGCUGUGAGUCUAAUUCUUCUACUGCUAGUAAUGGUGGCCAAGAGGAAAAAGAGAGGACUUGUGAAAACGGGGAUGAAUCUGCUGCAAGUUUUGCUCCACUGUCAUUGAAUGGUGCAUCAUUUACUCUGAUUGGGUUCAGUAAAGGCUGUGUUGUUUUGAACCAGUUGCUGUUUGAGUUGAAGGAAGCCAAGAAAGACAAGGACAUAGACACUUUCAUCAAAAGUAUAAGAACGAUGUAUUGGCUGGAUGGUGGUCAUUCGGGAGGAAGCAAUACUUGGAUCACAAAUCCAGAAGUAUUGAAAGAAUUUGCUCAAACAGAGAUCAGUGUUCACACUCACGUAACACCUUACCAAGUACACGAUCCAAUGAGAUCCUGGAUUGGAAAGGAGCACAAGAAGUUUGUUCAGAUACUUGGGGACUUGGGUAUGCAGGUGACUAGCCAAAUUCAUUUUGUAAAGGAAAUGCCCUCCAUAGAGAAUCACUUCAGGGUUCAUGAAGUGUUCUGAGACUUAAUAUGCUUGCUUAGUAGGAGAACCAACUACUUCGUUUUGAACACAGAUGAUGAGUUGUAAUAGUAAUUAGAUGCAUUGUCAUGUGUGGGCUAAGAACAUAGACAUUCCAAAAAUAUGAGUGUCAUAUACGGUAAGAUUCCUUUUGUGUAAAUAAAUGGGCAGCUUUAAAUUUUGAUUGGAUUAGAAUUAAUUUGGAGUCUAGAAGGGUAGUUUGUGAUAAUUCUAUGUCCUUUAAAAAUUAAAGAUACUUGGUGUUAGUCUUUUUAAAAGGUAACAAAAUUGGUGUUUGAAAUAGCUGAUUUUCUGAGACCUGUUUUAAACCAACAUUGAUAAUUACUGCAUUCAGCUGUUGACAACAGACACUACUUCUUUCUGUCCAAGGUUCUGGGAGCAGGGGCUCUUGCACCCUGGAGAAGUUUUGUGAACCCUUGCACUCACUCUCAGUGUUCGACCAAGUGUUUGUUUGUUUUGUUUUGUUUUGUUUAAAGUCAAAAUAUAUUUAUUCCCUCAUAUCCAAGAUCAUAGAAUUGGAUAGUUGGUUUUUAAAACAUAUUACAGUAAGCGGUGUAACGUAAUUCUUAAUUGACAGUUUUUAAUUAACUGUUAGUGUGCUCUCAACAGGCGACAGAUUCCCCGGACCUAAAUCAGUGUUUCUUCAGAAGCAUGGCUUUGUCUGCCAAGAGAAAAUAGCUUUCUUUGGCCAAAUGUAAAAUUACAUUAAGAUAAGAAAGGUUACAGAGGAAAGUUUGAAGACACAAAAAUUUAAAUUUUGGCCCAGAAACUGAAUUUGCUUAACACUGCUACAUAAUUUGGGUGAAGUUUCCUUCUGCCCAUUUUUCUUUACUAGAUAAAUGCAUUUUGAAACACCAAAAUCUAAACAAAUUUCAAACAAUAUUGGAACAAAGCUGCUUGGUUAUAAAAAGGGGCACUUUUUUAUUUAUGAAUAAAUAGAUACAGCUUUAUAGGUCAUGGAAUAACCAAACAGGGAAAUAACAUGCUACUUUAGGAGUGAAAAGAAAAUGUAUACUAAAGAUUAGUAUCUUAACAUAUGCCAAGUGUUUUCUUGGUUUCUUACAAAAUUACAUUAUAUUGCAAAUUUCCUUAACUUUAAGCAGUGUGAUUGGGUGGCUACAUUCAAUUUGCUUAAUAAUUGUCAAAUGUAUCACAUAAUGUAAAAUAGCUGAAUUCCUGAGUGGUCAGACUGAGGGAAAGCUUUAGUUUUCACAGAAUUAACUGAAAUGGAAAGAAAAGGUUUUUUUUUAAGAAUUCAUUUUAAAAGUGUGAGUUAGUUCUUCACCUCUCCACUCAUGUGAAUGUUGUUGUUACAAGUUAAAGUGAUGUUGCUCCAGGGGAUACCUAGAACCUCUAUUGCCUCUGGAGGUAGUGUUGAAUAGUACAGAUACUCUGGAGUGGAAAUGACUGUUAACCCACACACAGUUUUUCUGUAUAAUACUACAAAUUCCACGUUUGUUUAAAACUGUGUAUGUUAAAUUUGUUGUUAAUGUGUGUCCUACUUGAUUGUGCCUUUGUAAAGACACUGAGAGAAGUGGUUCUACAAAUGUGAACGUUGUUACCACCACAGCAUGAAUGUCUAAUUGUAUUAAAAUCAUAAUCCCCAGGAA